AUUUAACUGUAGGCCUGUGAAAGCGAAUGUUGGUAGCACAUAGUAUGAGUGAUUUUUUUUUAUGACUUUUCUACACUAGCCAUCAAAUAAGACCUUAAUCAAAACCAAAACGAGUCAUUCCCUCUAAAUCCAUCCUUAUCUGCUUGGUAUCUGAUUUAAUGAUUUAGUCAAACAUAAUUUCAAAACAAGCAAAGAAGAGAGAUAAGAGAAUAUGAAAACCCCAGGUUUUGCCCCAGAAAGGGUUCAGCUUUUUGCAAAGUGUUGAGACCUCGGAAUAAUUCUUGGAGAAUUAUUACAAUUCACAAGGUGACAAAAGGGCAUGUCAUAAAUAAAGCCACACACAAUAUUUCCUUUAAUUCUCUUAUUCUCAAUCCCCCUUAAAAUUAUGUUGCAACCUUUCACUACUUGCUUCACCUUUCUUCAUAGGAGGAUCAAAUUCUUCCUCAACCAACCAAGAAUCAAGGACAUGAUGAGUGUAUGCUACAAAAGAACCAACAAAAAGUUGUCUUCAAAUUCUGACUUGUCAACCUCUUCUUUCCUUCACAUGGAGCUAUCUACACAGUUCCAACAAGUUUUCAAGAUUAUUGACACCAAUGGAGAUGGGAAGAUCUCAGCCACUGAGCUCAGUGAAGUGCUCUCAUGCCUUGGAUACAACAAGUGCAUGGCUGCUAAGGAAGCUGAAUGCAUGGUGAGAGUGUUGGACUUCAAUGGAGAUGGGUUUGUGGACUUGGAUGAGUUCAUGAUUGUCAUGAAUGGCAUGGAACAAGAAAAGUUUGGAAGUGGCAUGGACCAUGAUGAUGAUGAUGAUGAUGGUUGUCUCAUGGAUGCUUUUCUUGUCUUUGACACUGAUAAGAAUGGCCUUAUUUCAGCCAAGGAACUGCAGAGGGUUCUGCUCAAUCUAGGGUGUGAUGAUUGUAGUCUCAAAGAGUGUAAACGUAUGAUCAAAGGGGUUGAUAGGAAUGGAGAUGGGUUUGUGGAUUUUGAAGAAUUUCGAUGCAUGAUGCAAUAUGGACUUGCCAAAUAGGGCUUCAAAUGGGUUUGUUUGUGUUUAUGCUGUAAUUUCUCUAAUUUCCUUUUAUUACGGUACACAAAGAUAAGAUUUAAUGUAAUUAUACUUGCUAUGUUUACCUUUUUGACCUUCCUUAUUUCAUAUAGUAAUAUAGAAGAAAAUAUGUACAUUAAGGGAGAGAUGCAUAGUAUUGUGUUAUGGUGUACAGUUUGUUGAGGGUUUAGAGUUUGGUAAUUUAGUAUUUGCUUCUCUUUUGUUUA